AUGCCGGGAGCAAACCAAGCAAACAAUCCGUCAAAUGACGACGAGAUGAAGUAUCUCGGUAGUGCCGUUCUUCUAAAGGGCUCUCUCCCUGACAAACCGAGAGAUCCUAAUUUCACUGCUGUGGCUGUCGGAACUUCACUUGACGGUGAUUCUAAGGCACCAGACGAUUCAGUCGCAUAUCAUGACCCGCCAGUUGGGGACCGCUUGGCCUUGCAAAACCAUUUACAUCGUGAAUAUAGAGCGGAUUCCAAAGAAGCGGGCUCCGAAGAUAUGGAGGUCGAAGAAAAAGAGGAAGAAGACACGGUCAAAGAAGAGGCCGACAGAGCAAAGUCCGCUGUUAGUUCAGUAUACGACCCUUUCUCCGGGCCACCCUAUGACGAACCCGAGCCGCCUCACCACGACCAAGAGUGGGAAGAAGCCGUAGAGUUCGGAUCUAAUUCUGAUAUCGUCCUUGCUCGGGCUGGAGAGUAUUGCGGCGAAGGUUGUUACCGCAAAGCUCCUUGGAUCUACCACUUCGGAGAUCCGGUUCCAGAAUUCGACAUGCUCAACAUGGACCAGAUUGAUCGGCUUUGCCGUAAGCUGCAUAUCAAUAAUGUCACUGGGCAACCCCGUCUACUUGCCCCAGUUCACGGCCCCUUGGGCGUUCUCCGCGUGAAGUUUGCGAAUUAUAUUCGGGAAUUACAGGAGAUUCUUAAACACCUGCCCAACAGAGAGAAUAUUUCCCGUUGGGAUCCCAUCCACGAAAUGUUGAAGAACGGAAGUUCACCAGAUCCUUAUACUUAA